UGGCCACUCAUCUAAUUCUCCGAGCCAGCCGUGUUACAGCAUUACGACAGAAGUCUAUACCUGUCGUGGCUACUUCCUUCUCCGAUAUGUGCUGUCAGAAACGCCCGCAUUUCUAUAAGAACUCCUCGCUAUCGUAUUAGGUACAUCAUCGCAUUCUUUCGGCUCUUGAAGGCAGCUUCGGUACUAUCACCAUAGACUUUCCUGAAAGACAGCAGUGACAGCAUAGCUUCAGCCUAAGUCACGCGAGUAACACGUGGCUCCGAGCACCAACAUCCUACGGAUACAGAGCUUCGUGAAUUCUUGUCGGCUUUUCCACUAGCCUAGAUUGUCACAUAGAGCAGCAUUCUUGUAACAAUACCCAUUCACUCCUUCGUACCUUCCCUACCACUCCACUCUCCUCGCACCACCUACCCUCUCGUGCCUCCACCAUUCUAGACCCGAGACAUGUGCAAACAACGCUGGUUUGCCUACAGAGGCUGCGCCCACCAGAACCCCGCCAGCCCCAUCGAGCCCUGCGGAUCACCAGCAUACCAGGAGGAUGUGAUUAUGGCCCAAGAACACACGUGGGAUGUAGACCUGCAAAUUAAGGACGGUAAAUGCCCCCAUUGCACCAUGGGCGUGUUUGGCUGGGAAGACGAGGCCAUGAACUGCUUCUCCCUGGAAGCCGCUCGUCUCGCAAUGACUGCCGGACUAGACUCAGCAAUCAACGCCAGUGGCUCACUGUCUCCUCCAAACUUCGACUUUCCAAUACCAGAAUUUGGUGCGCUCAAUCUUGAUCCUCCUACGCCUCUGGAAUCUCCUCCUGGAACUCCUCUAGGGCAGGGGCUAGGGCCGUUUGGCUUUGCGCUUCCGCAUCCUGGCUCUCCUGUGGCUGCUCCACUACCUCCACCGGUGAUAUCCGCCACUCCUUUGUUCCAGCUGCACGGGCCACCAGGAAUGGUCAUGCCGACUCCAUUUGCACUACCUCCAGGUACGGUUCUGCCUCCGCUAGGACCAGGUGCGGUUUAUGGGCCCCCAGGCUUCAUGGCGGGGCCUUUGCCACCAGGCGUGUUCCUGGGGCCUCCACCUGGCAUGAUUUUCAACAGUCCUCCGCCAGGAUUGAUCAAGGACCCGAUCACGUACACUUACAUAGUCCCGCCGAAGCCUUGAUAUCAAGAAUGUGCCAACGACGUGGGGCUUGCUGUACCGCGAGAGCGAUGGGAGGGUUUGUGUAUCUAUGCGCCAGAGUUAGGGGUAAUAUGUCCUAUCACUUGUAGGGGUAAUCCAAUGGAAUGGAGUUAAAGAUGGUAAGGGUAAUGCCCCAGUUGUAGUCUUUUCCCGAGGCGGCAAGUGCAGUUCUGGAUUUGGCAUUGGAAGGUAGGAGGAGGCCCCAGAGGUCUCGAGGAGGCAGAAAUAGUGUGAGAAACAAGGGAGCGACGGACACACAUGAAUUGCAGAAUAGACUAGAAUGCCAGCAAUACCGUUGCUUCUCAAGAUAGUUACCACGUGUCUGUGUCAUAUCGCAACCGAUUGUACUCGAUGCAUUGUAAC